CUCCAGGUGUGCUGUCACCUCUUAGGACAUCUGGAGUAUCAUAUAUUAAGAAUAGGAUAUCUCGAAUACGUACACAAUAACACGCGAAGAGCGGCGGCAAAGUGUAAAAAGGUCGUGCUAGACCUAGGGACGACAAAAUGGCGCAUGCGUCGAAUGGCGGUGGCUUCGAACGGCUUUAUGGGGAUAGCAAGAGAACCGUUUCCUAUUUCAAAUAGACGAUCAGACACCGUCGGUCGGCUCGCUCGGAGUGUGCCUUCCGUACCCCGGUAAAACGUGCGUUUUAUAAUACGAGUAAGUGCCAAGUAGGUGACCUCGAUGGGAUUUUGGGCUUCUCUUUUUUUGGAUAAAGGCCAGGAAAAAGGCAUCUGAGGAAUAUUCGUCAUGAGGACAUGACGCUCCGAUAUGAUGACGAAAAAUCUGGUCCGGAUCAUGUGGAUAGUGCACGUGUUAGCUUUAGGGUGUUCGGGUAAUCCAGACGCCAAAAGACUCUACGAUGACCUACUUUCGAACUACAACAAAUUGGUACGACCGGUCAUCAAUGUCACCGAUGCCCUUACGGUCAAAAUCAAACUCAAAUUAUCCCAACUCAUCGAUGUUAAUCUCAAGAAUCAAAUCAUGACAACGAAUUUGUGGGUCGAACAGGCAUGGUAUGAUUAUAAACUCAAAUGGGACCCAAAAGAUUAUGGUGGCGUUGAAAUGCUCCACGUUCCAUCUGAUCACAUAUGGAGACCGGACAUUGUCCUUUACAACAAUGCCGAUGGCAACUUUGAGGUGACGCUGGCUACGAAAGCAACACUGAAUUAUACGGGACGAGUCGAUUGGAAACCGCCGGCCAUUUACAAGUCUUCCUGCGAAAUAGAUGUCGAGUAUUUUCCGUUCGAUGAACAAACUUGCGUUAUGAAAUUCGGAUCGUGGACUUACGACGGUUUCCAGGUGGAUCUUCGUCAUCUGGAUGAAAUGAAGGGAUCUAAUGUAGUAGAUAUCGGGAUCGAUUUGACUGAAUUCUACACAUCUGUCGAAUGGGACAUUUUAGAAGUUCCUGCAGUUAGAAAUGAAAAGUUUUAUACGUGCUGUGAUGAACCCUACCUUGAUAUUACUUUCAACAUAACGAUGAGAAGAAAAACGCUCUUUUAUACCGUUAAUUUGAUAAUUCCCUGUAUGGGCAUAUCUUUUCUCACCGUUCUUGUCUUCUAUCUUCCAUCCGACAGCGGCGAAAAAGUUAGCUUAUCAAUAUCCAUACUCUUAUCGUUGACUGUCUUCUUCCUACUACUAGCCGAAAUUAUUCCUCCCACAUCGCUUGUAGUGCCGUUACUUGGUAAAUUCGUUUUAUUUACCAUGAUACUUGAUACAUUUAGUAUAUGCGUAACGGUAGUUGUAUUAAACGUACAUUUCCGUUCCCCCCAAACCCACGUAAUGGCGCCGUGGGUACGAAGAGUCUUCAUCCACAUUCUUCCACGGCUUCUCGUCAUGCGUCGACCCCAUUAUCCACUAGAUAGUAGAAGUCAUCGCGUAAUGAUUAGAACCUGUAACGGUUUAGAAUUAAGAGAUUCGGGACUAUAUCAAGACGCCUCCGAUUUAACCGAAGAUCCAUCAGGAUUCUUUCCGAAUGCCAGUUCCAUAGACGAACUUACUCCAAGGGAAUUAGAAGCUGGUGUUUUGAGAUCUUGCAGUAUUCACGGUACGACGCCGCCGCCGAGCAUGGGUUUCCAUUUGGGCGAUCAUUUAAUAGAUUCCAAAGGUAUCGAACAUAUAGAGGAACAUUUGAACGACGUUCUGCUCAAAGAAUGUCACCCGUGGCACCACUGUCCAGAAGUACAUAAAGCGAUAGACGGCGUUAGAUUCAUCGCAGACCAUACAAGGAGAGAAGAGGACUCCACUAAAGUGAAAGAAGACUGGAAAUACGUCGCUAUGGUACUCGACCGUUUGUUCCUUUGGAUAUUUACUUUAGCGGUGUUAGUUGGAACGGCGGGGAUUAUUUUGCAGGCGCCUACUUUAUACGACGACCGUAGACCUAUCGAUAUACGUCUAUCGGAAAUAGCAUCGACGACCGCCAAACCCCAUCUAGCGAUUUCCCUUUAAAAAGAAAUUUGAUGUCCGCUAACCCCGUCCCGGAAUAUUAAUCCGUUAGUUUAUUCGAAACGACUACCAGUGAAUGGAAAACGCGGUUUUGUAUCUAACCAAGGACGCAAUACGAAUAAAAAGAGAAAAAGAUUUCAGAAAACUAGAUGAUAGACAGAACAAUCCAUAUUCUUCUUUAAUAUUGGUUAUGUAAGGUCGAGUUGUAGCUAACGGGAAAACUAAUAUAGGAAAUGUCAUAUUUGCACUAGAAAAAGAAGAAGUUCGAGUACUAUAAGUGUAUUCUGCAAUAUUUGACGUUUUAGUUUGACAUAAAAUUGCGAUUCAAGGUGAUUCUGUUACUUAAACUGUUAUUUUGUCAUUGUUAAAUACAGAUAUUUUGAGUU